AGAAACAACUCGCCGUGUUUUAUUGUACUGAAGCCGAAGGUUGCAAAAUGUCGGCGAGUCGUUUCCCCGGAAACAAACAAGCGUAGCGUCGGACCUCUGUCAAGGUAACGACGACUUGGAAUUUGCGUAAAGGAACGAAGCCGUAUGCCAGUAUGAGUUGAACAUUUCGAGGCAACAAUUUUUACUCACAACGAAACAUUAAAUUCCCAUUUCAGAGACAUCUUACACGUCACGCGCUUUACGUUGCCGCCGCGUACCAACAUAUUGAGUUGUCGAUCAACGCGUGUACUAUUUGAUCAUUUUUACGCGAUUGAUGUUACCAUAGCAAUGGAUAUGUUGGACGGCGCCCCGACGAAAACACAAAUAGAAAGUGGAUAUCUCGAAAAACACGAGUAACGUACAAUAAUUUUCUUGGGCGCUUUAGAGAAGUAGUUAAUAAUGGCCAAGAAUUGCGUUCAUGUUGACCCGCCGUUCGUCGAAUUCAAGGACGUGCAACUGGGAAAGAUCUACAAGACUGUCAUCACAGCCACCAACGUUGGCAGAAUCACGAGGGAAAUAUUCUUUGAAAACCCCAAAUUAAAGGUUUUUAAAUUCUCAGCACCCAGAAUUGCUAAGAACGUGGCGCCUGGUUUGUCUGUGAGUGGCUUACUGGAGUUCAUCCCCGAGGAAGAGGAGGCGGUCACAGACUACAUUUAUGUUCAUGUAGAUGCAGCGGAAGCCAUUGAAGUCCCACUGCAGAUUUCUCCUCGGGGUUGCUCACUAUCCAUGGACUCCGAAUUGGACUUUGGCUUUAUUCCUGCCAGCAGUCAGAUCAUCAGCAGAUGUAUUCCUAUCACCAAUCACGGAUCAGCGUCAGGUGUGUUCCAAGUGCUGCACAUUGGAGAUUCCUUGGUCCGACUUUCUCCUUCCAGUGGAGUUGUAGCGGCUGGCGCCACCAGACGGUUGACAGUUGAACUGCACGCUGACAAACCCAGAAAAGUUGAUGAAAAUGCCAUGGUCAGGCUUCAGAGUUGCUCCACUGUGGUUCUCCGGAUCAGAGCUCACGUGGUUGAACAGCAUCUUGAGAUCUUGGACUUACAGGGGGCUCCCGUGUCCCGUCUGUGCUUCGGACCUGUCUACUUUGGGACAUCCCGUGUGGAGCGUGUGGUCUUAACAAAUAAUGGGCCCCAAGCAUGCGACUGGGUCUACUUACUUGAAGGUUCUGCUGCCGGGACCGAAAGUGGAGCAAACCUUGACAACAGCACAGAUGUCGCUGUGCUGGCCAAAAUGCAGCGGUGCAGCCCAGCCCCCCGCUGCCCAUGUCCGGUAGUGGAGUGCAUUCCGAACCAAGGCCGAUUGGGACCAUAUAAGAAAACGACUGUAGCAGUACGCUUUAGCCCCAUUUUCCAUAGACUACAAGUGAAACCUCGCUGCCAAGCCACUCGGCAGGACUAUUGUCUUUUUCUGCACCUGGACUCGGUUAGAAGCAAACAUGGCUUCACUCAUCGAAAUGGCACGAGCACUGUCGAGUUGGCUGUUACGGGCACCGGCUUGCCUGUGGCUCUGCUUCCAAGUCCCUCCAAUAGAUUCGACUUUUCCACCUGUGAUGUGGGUCAGCGUGGGGAACACCUUUGCGUGCUGCAGAAUCUCUGUCCGCAUCUUCCUAUCCACUUCCGCUUCCGGAAGUUGGCACAUUUUGGUGCUCAGCCCUCCUCCGGAACAAUCGCCCCUGGACUGUGUCAGGACGUAGUUUUGUAUUUCAACGCACGGCAGCAGGGGAAGUUCCAAAUGUGCCAGAAACUUGAUGUUUUGGGCUACGUUGCUCGCCAGAGGUCGAAUCACACCACUGAGGAUGACGCUGAACUAAGGCUCGGCAGCUUUUACACCAUCUCACUACACCUCUCAGCCAUCUGCAAAAUUGAGAUGACCCCUCCUUCGCCGAAAUUAAAUCCUGGUAUUACACCAACAGUGAGCAAUGCGACGGGCUUACGUCCUCACGUUGCAUCCGGCCAGCUGGCCUGCUGCUAUGGAAUGGUGCGUGCGGCUGUAGUCAGCGCUCGUAAGACAACCUUCCACAUGCAUGACAGGAAGAAUGGGCAAAGUUUAGCUGGUGAGGAAUUUCUGGCUUUGCCGAAUGACCGAGCCACCAGCGUCAGACCGGCCUCACGACACAUGCAGUUUCGGACCAUCUUUACCGGAGUACAGCGAUACACCUAUGUGGAUCCUGAUUAUGGCUUCACCUGGAAGGAGGCGGAGCACAGACGUCUACACAGACAAAGUUACACCGACUUCAUCAGGCAGCUCAGAGAAACACGGCUGGAGAAAAUCAAGACAAAACUAGAAGCGCAAGGGGACAACUUUGGGAUUAUACCCGCUCAAGGCCUCGAGCCGCCUAAGCUUGUCCUCCGUGACUCGAAGGCCAACCAGAAGUCAAGCAGAAGGCUGUGCUAUGCUUCCUGCGCCCACCCGCCCAAGGGCAAAGCCCCCAGUGCCAGGCAGGGCUCAGUGGAGUCGCAUGCAGUUCCAACUACUCGCCAGGAGAUGACAGACUGUGACAAGACUUUGACACCUAAGGAGCUUUAUCAGGUUAUCAUAGGCCCAUCAUUCGUGGAUUUUGGUGAGGUGUGUUUCCACUCGGUGUGUGAGCAGAAGGUGGAUCUAAUCAAUCCCCUGCCAACGUUUGUGCGGGUGCAGUUUGAGGUGGACUGCUUUGAGCUGCAGGGUUCAUCUCCCCUGUCUCACGUGCUGCCACCAGUUUCCCACAAUUCGGUAAACCUGACGUUUCAAAGCAACAAGCUGGGUCAAUUCUACAGACCUGUGUCUUACACAGUGAAUCAGCAGCAUCCCGGACAGAUUCUGGUCAAGGCUCAAGUUGUCCGAAAUUACCUGGAAUUGUCCACCCACCUGUUGAUUCUUGGUCCCAAUGCAAACCUGCUUGCCGCAUCAGGCUACCGAAACUCAGUUACUCUUCGCAACCCGCGUAAUCAGCCAGCAGAAUUCACAUGGCGGCCUAUUGUUCCAGAGAGUGGCAUCCUCUUCUCAAUUCGACCAGCUACAGGCACAGUGGAGCCAUACAGCGAACUGGAUUGUGAAGUGGUGUGGCAUGCGUCUUUCUCAUCCCCUCAAGAAGGAGACUUUGACCUCUAUUGCUUUGAUGGCAACAUACAACGCCUACAUUGCAUUGCUAAGGUUGGCUCCACUUGCAUCCGACUAGCAGAGAACCGGCUGAUGUUUGAGUCUGUGCCUCUCAACAUGCCCUCUGUCAGAACUAUAAUCUUACACAAUAAUGGCCAGAACCACGCCUACUAUCGAGUGCUUGAUGUAUGCCCUCUGCCAUGCAUGGUGGUCAUCCCGUGCGAGGGAGUGGUGCCCAGCCGAGGAAAGUCUGUCCUAAAGAUCCACUUCAACCCUGACUCUGUCAUGAAGUUUGACACCAGAGUUGCGAUAGCUGUGAAGAACAUGAAGCCCAUCGAGGUUCGAGUCGGUGGAUCUGUGGAGCCUCCUAACAUUGAUAUCAGUGUGUCCCACUUCCAUUUCUGCGGCGUCCAUAUUGGUUCUGAGAGACUGGUACCCUUUGCAGUGAUCAACCGCUCACCAGCUGCAGCUCGUCUCACCUUCAACCUGUCACAAUAUCCAAACUUCUCUCUGCAGCUUCCUCAGCCUGCUGCAAAAGAGAAUCAUCCAGUUGUGAGGGUACUGGAGGUGCAGGGACACCAGACAGUCAACUGCUCUCUUGUCUUCUCCCCAACCGAGUCAGCCGACUACGUCUUUGACCUGCCGUUGAUGGUUAAUGGAAUGAGAUGGCCCGUUGCUUCUCCACCGCCCUCCCGCUCAUCUAGCUCGCCCUUCUUUUCAUCUGACAGCAAGUGUGUUAUCAAAGUGAUUCCCUGGUCUAUCAACAUGGCAAUGCAACAACCGCACAUACAAGCCACAGUGCUGUGUCCCCCACUGGAAAUGUCCCCACCAAGCCUACAGUUCCAUGUAGAAGCUUUUGCACAACCUUCUCAGUCCUACACAAAGACACUGGAGCUCAAAGCAGCAUGCGAGCAGAGCGUCUGCUGGCACGGCAUCCGAGGGAAGAGCGUGCGCUGGCGGUUCAAGCGCAACGACACGACAGCGCCAGAGGGUAGAGGAGAGGGCGAGCUACAUUUGUCUGUGUCUCCAUCCUCCGGUUGUCUGGGGCCCGGUCAGUCCAUCUGCUUGGCAAUCAGCAUCAUGCCAGAGGCAUUUGCAACUUUAGACACGGUGACCAGACUUUCCCUCUCACUUUACCUGGGCGACAAAGAAGGGGGCAAGAUGGGGGGGCAGCCGUACAAAAAGCUGCCCAUCACUGUUAUCCACCAAGUGCCCGGUAUAAGCAUCAGCCCGCCUCAUUUGCUCCUGACGCCAGUUCCCUUGGAAAGCAGCAUAACAGCCAAACUUACUCUGCGGGCUUCAGGAUACGCCAGAGGAACCAGUUUAACAGCUGAGGUAGAUGAGGUAGAUUUGGACGAUGGAACCACAGUGCAGCCAAUCUGUGUCACCUUCCCCGAGGGGAACACCAUUCCCGCCCAAAAUCAGGCGGCCGGCGUGAACUCACUGAUCUGCCGAGUGUCGUUUUUCUCCAUGGUGACUCUGUCCAUUCGCACAAGCAUCACUUUCACUGACCACCUAAAUAACAGAUUUAAGGUCAGGUUGUGUGCCACAAGUGACAACUGUUUGUUGACGGUGUGGCCCCAAAUGGCUCUUGAACGCUCCAAGCAGCAAAUAGUUCUCAGGGCUGGGGCCACAGUUAUUGAAACCAUCACAUAUCACACACCAAGUCUUGCAUCUGACCAAACGUCCUCCCCCUCCUUGUUUGAACCCAUCAGCUCGACACCCAAGAACUCAUCAUCAGACUCCUUUGCGCAAAGUGAGAGCGGGAGUCAAACCAGCAGCCAAAGUUUUCGAACCAUAGACACCCCACAGACUGAUAUCGGCGUGCCGCUAUUCCCCACUGCAACGUCAGUGGAGGGCCAAUAUUACCAGAGUGUUUUAUUAGCGUUGGAGAGGUGGUUCAGCUUCUUUGGAUGGCUGACUGGGCCACACCCCAUCACGAUACCACACACACUCAGAAGGAUUAUUUCUGAAGAUGCAGUAAACAAUCCCAAGGGACAGGCACAGGGAGUCAGCCAAAAAAAAGACGCCAGAUCUGCAGUGGAGAUGAUUCAUCAUCUGGCGGGCAGACGGAUUCCCAACAUUUCUCACUGUCAGACCUUUUCCACAGACGUACACCAGCGGACGCUGCAGUUGCUCCAACAGCAUGAGGCCAUUUUUGCUUUUCUCAGAGUACAGGGAGCUUGUUUGAGUCACAUCCGAGCUGAGUACCUCCUAGAUGUGCUGGAGUUCAACCACUGGUGCACCCUGCAGUCUGAUGAGAUCGAUCCAGAAGUGGACUACAAUAAUGUCGACUAUGAGUCCCUGAGCAAACGAUGCUGGACUGAUUUUCUCCUGCAAAUAUAUAAGGUCUUGGUGUUGUCUCGCGUGUCGGAGUACAGUCCCAACCUAACUCGUGACAGAUGUCAGGAAGAUGAAGAUGGAAUCCUCAACAUUCAUUCACUGCCCAGUAACCUCUACUCUCGCCAUGAGCUCCAGCUUCUCUCCUGGCUUAAUUCACAUUAUCAUCACAUGAGGGAAACAGUGUGGGCUUCGGGCACUGUCCCGCCGGUCCGCUGGAUUGUCAAUUUUGAUCUGGACUUGAUUGACGGACUGGUGCUGGCUGCAUUGCUCGCUACCUAUUGCCCAUACCUGGUCUCCAGCCAUUUUCAGAGGAUGUACACCACAACUCCCAGCCUGGAGCAGAUUCUGCACAACAACAUCAUUAUUGUCCAGGCUUUAACCAUACUUUCUCUCAACAUGGACCUCCAGGUACAAUUGCCGAACUAUGGCUCUUCCUCUUUGCUGUUUCUACCCGUUGUGGGUUACAUCACUGGUUUUAAAGUGGUUUAUCUAUGUCUCUCUUUUUUUAAAUUUUUUUUUUUAAUCACAAAAACGGGUGUGCAUAGCCCAACAUGUAAGAUCCGAUUUUAUGUUAUGAGUUUGUGUAUGCAGCCCACAGACUUGUCAGAUCCCAACCCGGUGCAAAUGUUGAUGCUGUGUGUUCAUUUAUACGAGAGACUUCCUCAGUACCAGCCCAUAAACACCAUCACUCUCUCUGGAAGCCUGCACAGAACUUUGAGCAAGCAGGUGCAUUUGAAAAACCCAUCCACUUGCCUCGUCAAAUACCGGACCGUCCUUCUCGGACGGGAUGCCACUCUGUUCUCCCUGCCUGAUGGCUCUGCUGUUACCAUUCAUCCAACAGCAAGCACUGAUCUGACGGUGCAGUAUUGCUGCUCAUUCCUGCAGCCGAAGGAAGCUAUCCUCCUGCUCAUCUCUACUUCAGCUUCUGGCCUGCAUGGCACCACUUUGACUUUCAAAGUCGACACCUGUGUUAGUCAGAUCACACCCACAAAAAGUGUCAAGUGCAAGACUCCAUGCUAUGUGCUAAAAGUGAUUAAACUUCCAGUAACAAACACGUUCAACGUGGAAGCUAACUUCAGGGUGAUUCUGGUUGAGUCGACAGUCAACCCGUUGGAAUCAGAAAAGGAAACCGACAGCCUCAUUCAGCAGGCAUCCUUCAAGAUCAAGAAUGAAAAGAAGACUUCCGACAGGAGCUGUCACGAGGCGAUGGCAGGAAAGGACUUAGAUCGUAGUUUGCUGUCACAUACAACAAAGAAGCGCACAAAUACGAGUGAGUCCUUAAAUGUGUUGCAUGUUUGUGUGUCUUUUGCAGACGGUGAUGGCGGCGAGUUCAUCAGCACAGUGAGCAGUGUUAGUCUGAAGCCCGGCCAGUGCGACAUACUCAACCUCCAAUUCCUUCCCUUCUGUCCAGGAGCCAAGUAUUGUGCUGUGUUACUCAUAUGUCCCCAGGUCGGCGAUAUGGUCUACAUGGUGAAGGCAACUGCAGACUUGCCGCUACCUUCACCUUUCAGAGUUCGGCACAGCUCAAACAUAUUCACCAUCCCCAGGAAUUCUGUGGGCUUGUGUGGCUGUGUGUCAGCGCUGCGCCUGCGCUGCACUGUCGGACAGACCUGCGAGGAGCUCAUCCGCCUUCCCCUGAUCAACUCGUCUUGGGAAAGCGCCCUUGCCAUGUGGGCACAACACAGAAUGACCGCCAUUGAACUUCAGAGGCGGAUGCUGACUUACACUUUGCAUAGCAGCAGUGUGAGAGCAAGCAUGGCAGCAUGCAUGCUUUCCAAAAAGCAGAGCCAAAUGAGAGGUGUUGACUACAAAAACGGGGUCGUGUACAGCGUGGAGGUUUCAUUGCCUCGAUACUUUACUGUACCCAGCACUGUGACGAUGCCUCUAAAGAAAGACACCAACAUAUGGAAGAAUCCUGCAGAUCACGAUUGUGGAGGAUCUGUUCAUUUGGACUUUAGUUCACCCGCUCAGCAUUCUGUCACACAAGAUAUACCUCUGCAAAAUGAGACCCAUCAAGACUGGACCUUAAAGGCUGACUUGUGUGGUGACGGCUUCUAUGGCCCGACCGUUUUGAAUGUACCAGCCGGGACGAGAGCUUGUUACCCUCUCACUUUCCAUCCCACUUCACAAUGCGUUGUCAUGGUUUGUCUUCUUACUUUUACCUCCCUCUUUCAUGUCUUUACCAUCCGAGGGGUGGGUGAGCGCCCCCUGCCUGUGGAGCAUGUCGUACUACGCUGUCCCGUGGGCGAGACCACUAGCAGACAGCUGAAUGUCCCGAACUACACUCAGAAGACGCUCUCUCUUCAGGUGAUGACUGACCUAUCCAUUAUUAGCGGCAAUUCAUCCUUAAAAGUUCAACCCGGUCAAAGCGCACUGUACACCCUGGCUGUGUUGCCACGGAAACGUGGGGAGCUAUCAGGUUAUCUGUCAUUUGAUGAGACUGAUCAGAGAGAUGAGAGAUGUGUUGACAAAGGUAAUAUUGUUGGACGCUACCAAGUGUUCUACACUCUGGAGAUAAUAUGUGAACCAGGAUCACCUGUGAACACCUUGAACGUGCAGUGCGCCGUUCACAGCUCCGUCGCCAUCGAGAUCCCCGUCAGUAACCCGGGAGGAGAGCUCCUCCUGCUCAACGUGGACCUGGAAGGAGCUGACUUGUGUGGAGCGGACUGGGUUUUAAUCCCCCCGCAGGAAACACUUACCUAUAAGGUCACAUUUUCUCCGGGAAAAAUGGGGAAGAGCAGAGGCAGCGUGGUGUUCCAGUCUGAACCAGUCGGAGAGUUUUGGUACCAGCUGGAGCUUUAUGCCGUUCCCUCUGCUGUUGUGACACUACCACAGGCUUGCUGUCCAUUGGGCAAGUGGACGAGACAGUCUAUUGCAGUGGUCAACCCAACGGCAGAUAGAGUGAAGGUGACCGUGUCCAACAGUAACCCCAGAAACUACACCCUGGAACUGGGUUCAGAAAGCACUCUUACUGUAGAGCCUUACUCUGCCACCCAACUGGGGGUGCUCUUCACCCCAUCAUGUAUUGGAGAGUGCAACCACGGAGCAAAGAUCACUUUCGCCUGCCCUCAGUUGCAGCAAUGGUGUGUGUUGUUGUUCGGGCGAGGUCUCAUGCCCGGACGGGAGGAACCUUUAAGCAUCUCCUGUGCAGUUGGCGCCAGGGAGUCCUUCAUCAUUCGCUUCAAAAAUCCCACCGAGCACCCAGGCACACUUGGGCUCGCACUUACAGAUAAAGAUCCAAGUGCUGGCCCUAGCUUGGUUCCAAUGACUCCUGACAAGGACGUGUUCUCUCUGUCUCUGAGCCAGAUGGAAGGUGUACAGAUAAACGAGGGCGGCAGUUUGGAUGUGCCGGUGGUGUUUGCACCCAAGUCUAUGGACCCACAACAGGCUUGGCUGUGCAUCUCGAUGAAGCCACUCAACACCGCCACGAGUGGAAAAAGGGCCAGAAAGAAGCUGUCGACCAUCUGUUGGAUCUACCCUCUCUGCGGGAUUCCCCUGAGAGCGCCUGUUGAUAAUUCACCACUCUGCCUGGUCCAGUGUGAAGCGGGCUGCCAGCUGGAGAAGAGGCUUGAUAUCCUGCUCACCGGAUUUGUGCCAGGAGCUGAAAUUAAACAUGAAGUUCCCCACGUGUUUGUGGAAGACUUCCAAUGCGAGGUGUGUUUCGAAAGUGAAACCGAGGACUGCCUGACUGCCUCCAUCGAAGCUGGGAGGAGAGACCCCGAGACCGGCGUUGUGACGCUCACCAUCAAUCUGCUCCUCAGUCCGGUCAAGCAAUGCAGGUGCUCAGCAAUUCUAGUGGUGCAGCAUGCGUCGGGACAAAUCUGGGAGUUUCCACUGGAUGUCAUCGCCACGGAGGCCCAGGUCGAUGAUGUCAUUGACACAGAUGUCACAGAGUUUGGUCAAACAUCCGCGCUGGGCUUCUGCUUGACCAGCACCACUCGGAGGCCGGAGCCUUUCACCGCAACUUUCCAGCCGGGCAGCAGCAAUGAGUUUGCCGUCAGUCCAGCUUCUGGAAUGUUGCCCCCCGUCGAUUCCAGCGGCGCCCUCAUCAAUGUGUUUUUCACCCCCACCGCCAAAAAUCAGAGGCACAACGCAAGACUUACCAUCAAGGCGUCCGUCAUGCAGUGGAUUUAUGACGUCAGAGGCGUAACCGCUCCUCUGUCUGCACCGUCGUCCAGCCACGGCGCCGCGCUCCUCGCCAGUGAACAGCAGCCCAACUUUGUCACGAGGAACCGGCGCAUUCCAGCCCUGGCAAAUUCAGCGCCGCUGAAAAUCUGCAAAUGACUCUUCAUCUCUCUCUGUCGAUUUCAUGCACAGGUGUCACACACACG